AUGCUAAUAGAGAAGAAUCAGGAUCAAUUGAUCACAAAGUUCAUCCAACAUAUCCUAGCCUUGGUCUUUGCCAUUGAUGAGAUCAAUGGGAAUUCUGAGCUCUUACCCAAUGUAACUCUUGGGUUCCACAUCCAUGACAGCUACACUGAUUCAAGGACAACCUUCCGUGCCACUUUGGACUUGCUCUCCAACUCACAUCAGUUUCUUCCCAACUACAAGUGUGGAAGCAGUCAAAAAUUAAUAGGUGUCAUUGGUGGACUAAGUGCUGAUGCUUCCUUGUGUAUAGGAGAUGUCUUAGGCCUUUACAAGGUUCCCCAGCUUUCUUAUGGUUCAUUUCAACCAACAGUAUAUUAUGAUUCUGACUUCUUUUCCUUUUAUCGCAUGGUUCCUAAUGAAGCCCUUCAACUUUGGGGGAUAGUACAGUUACUUCUGCAUUUCAGGUGGAAAUGGGUUGGCCUUGUCAGUAUUGAUGACCAAAGUGGAGAACAUUUCUUGGAGGUUUUGCAACCCAGACUUUCUCAGCAGGGAAUAUGUUCUGCCUUCAUCAAAAGAAUUCCAAAAACUCAUCCAAUGUGCAGUAUAGAAGAAAUUCUUGAAAAAAUUCCUAAUGACAUCUCAGUUUUCCAAAACAGCAGAGCCAAUGCAGUCGUUGUAUAUGGAGAAAGUGUAACCUUGUUCUGGCUGGCAGAUCUUUUAUGGUGGAAUGACAUUGGGAUGAUCAUGCUAACUCCAGAACAGAAGUCCAACCAUUCUUCAGGAAAAGUGUGGAUUGCAACAGCCCAAAUUGAUUUUGUAUUCAACAACUUUCAAAAAGAUUUUGAUAUACAGAUCUUCCACGGUACUCUUUCCUUUUCAGUUCACUCAAAGAAAGUUUUAGCCUUUGAAGAAUUUCUUCAGAAAGUAAAGCCUUCUUUGGCAAAUGAAAAGAGUUUCAUCAACAAUUUUUGGGAAAAUGCUUUCAGUUGUUUCAUUUCCAGCUCAACCACAACCAAUUUAUGUACUGGAGAAGAGAUGUUGCAGAAUCUUCCUACACCUUUCUUUGAAAUGGGCAUGACCGGUCACAGUUACAGCAUCUACAAUGCAGUUUAUGUCAUGGCACAUGCCUUAGAUAUGAUGUAUUCAUCCAGCCGCAGAUCUAAGACAAUACCAAUCUCUCAAGACAUCGAACCUUGGCAGCUCCAUUCAUUUCUUCAAAAAAUCUCUUUCAACAACAGUGUUGGAGAUGAAGUGACCUUCAAUGAACAUGGAGAAGUCUUGUAUGGAUUUGAUCUUAUCAACUUGAUCACUUUUCCAAAUGGCUCUUACACCAAGGUGAAAGUGGGAAGACUGACUCCUAAAAGACUGCUAGAGAAAGAAUUGGUGGUGACUGACGAAAGAAUUCAGUGGCAUGCAGAUUUCACCCAGGUACCCCCUACUUCUCUGUGCAAUGAUCCCUGCCAGCCUGGAUUUCAGAAGGUCAAGAAGGAAGCUGAGCCCUUCUGCUGCUAUGAUUGUCUUCAAUGUGAAGAAGGGAAGAUUUCCUAUCUGAUGGAUAUGGAUGACUGUGUCAGUUGCCCAGAAGAUCACUAUGUAAAAGAUGGGGGAAACCUGUGCACUCCUAAAGUUAUACAUUUUCUCUCCUAUAAAGAGCCUUUGGGGAUCACCUCAGCUUCAUUUGCUAUCUCCCUUUCAUUGACUGCAUCUUUUGUGCUAGGAGUUUUUAUUAAGCACCAGCACACUCCUAUCGUCAAAGCCAACAACCAAAGUCUCAGCUACAGUCUGCUUAUAUCCCUAAUUCUCUCCUUCCUUUGUGCAUUCUUCUUUUUUGACCGACCCGUUCAAAUAACUUGUCUUCUUCGACAAACAUCCUUUGGCAUCAUCUUCUCAGUGGCAAUUUCAUGCAUAUUAGCAAAAACCAUCAUGGUGAUCCUGGCUUUUUUGGCCAUCCAACCGCAUUCCAAGAUGAAUAAAUGGAUGGGGAGAAAACUGCCAAUUUUUAUUGUUCUUUCCUGUUCCCUUGUUCAAGCAGGCAUUUUGACCAUUUGGCUAGGAUCUUCACCACCAUUCCCAGAUGUUGACAUGCAUACAUUAGAGGGAGAGAUAGUGCUGGAAUGUAAUGAAGGUUCAACUAAAAUGUUCUAUUGUGUUCUAGGAUAUAUGGGCUUCCUUUCCAUUGUAUCUUUCUUUGUGGCCUUUUUAGCUAAAAACUUACCUGAUAGUUUCAAUGAAGCCAAGUUCAUCACGUUUAGCAUGUUGGUCUUCUGCAGUGUCUGGCUCUCCUUUGUUCCAACUUACAUGAGUACCAAAGGAAAAUACUUGGUAAUUGUGGAGGUCUUCUCUAUCUUGGCCUCCAGCACUGGCUUACUAAGUUGUAUCUUUUCCCCCAAAUGCUAUGUGAUUUUACUAAGACCUGAUCUGAACCACAGGGAGCAACUAAUAAAGAAAAAGAAAUAA